GCACAAUAGGAAUGCAACCACUACCUGCAACCACAUAUGGGACAAAUAAUUGCAAUAGGCGUGCGCAUUGUCUGGCAACUGGGCGUUACAACCAACUCCACGUCUUUUGUUUUCUUAUUAUCACAAUCCAACGAUACCAGCUCAUCCACAAGAUACCCCACUCAUUCAAUCUACACUAACAGACCAGUACCAUGAACACCUCUCCCGCACACAUAUGCAAAGGCAGCUUCCUCACUCAACUUUUUGCGCCGUGCCGCAGGAAUCAAAACACGCAUGUCGAGCCCUAUAUUGUUCAUGCCGAUGAUGCACCACCACCGCCACCUCCUCCCAAAGAUUACAAGUGGGCAUCAGCGUCUACACGACGUACUUUCCUAGGAGAAGAAUACAAUGGCAAGAAGUCCCUCCUGUUCGAUGUCGAUCUUGACGUCCUAUCGCGACCACCGCAGUCUACCUCACAGCCAAUCCCCAUCAUCCAGAAAAUGCCGCCACGAAUACCUGUCAAGGUGAAUUCACCUCCUACUAUGCCAUUAACGCCCGAAGAGAAAGAGCGCCGUAGAUUGGCUGCGCAGCGCCAAUCCCAGCUGGAAAAAGACGCCAUGCUGAGGGAAGAACAUGAACGCCAAGAGACGAAACGGCGUGAGAAAGUGGAGCAAGAACGCUUACAGCGUGAGGAAGAAGAGGAAAGGAAAGCAAUGCUGCAAGAGGAGUUGCGGGCUGCAGCGCUCAGAAAAGCGAGACUGGAGAGAGAGAGAAGAGAAACAGAAGAACAACAAUUGCAAGAGCUACGAGAGAGGAGACGGCUAGAGAAAGAGCGCAGGCUGCAACACACGAAGGAAAUGGAGCGGUGGCGAGCAGAGCAGAUGCAGCGCGCCGAGUCCCAGUACAGUGAGAAGGAGGAAGAGCGUAGAAGGUCAGAAGAAGGGAGACGCAUGAGAAUUGCUCGCAUGAACGAGGAAUUAUUCUCCACCAGCAGGGCAGAUAAGAUGGCAGGUUGGGUCACGGUACAACCGCCCAACACGCUGGCAUGGAAGAGGCGAUAUUACACAUUUGAACUGAGCCAUGCAGAAUCCAAGAUGUUGCUAUACGGAAAUCCAAGGGAGGUCGUCAAACCCCUCGACAUCCUCCCUCUGUACGGACGGAUUGAUUCACUUGCAGAAUGGUACGAGGGCUUCGAGGAACUAGAAGCGAUCCCCCAUUCGUUUGCUCUGCGCUUCGUCGACGGCGUCGAAUGGCGGAUGUUCGCAGAUUCAGCAGGAGAGAAGGAUCGACUGCUGGGGCUGCUGAGUGAGGCGGCGGGCAUAAUCUUGUGAAUUUCUGUGAAUUUUUAUUUGUUAACUUACAAGACACGGCA